AUGUUGGAAUGCGAACAUCGCACCAAAUUUAAUUACUUGAAUAAACUUGGUCGAUGGGCUUUUGUUGCAAAGGCUCAUGGUAUAGUCAAAUGCACGAUUCAAAGAGGAAUAAAGCCUAAUGUUGUGACUUACAACUCUUUGAUGAAUGGAUAUUGUCUACUCAACAAAAUGGAUCAAGCUAGGAAAAUUUUUGACAUGAUGCUAAGCAAGGGUUGUACACCUGAUGUUGUUACCUACAAUAUCAUGAUUGACUGUUACUGUAGGAGAAAAAGGAUAGAUGAGGCAAUGAGGCUUCUUGAUGAAAUGCCUCACAAAGGAUUGAUUCUUAACCAUGUCACUUAUAAUUCUCUUAUACAUGGCUUGUGUAAAGCAAAGAGCCCUCAAGCUGCAUAUAAGUUUUUGAAGGACCUGUGUGCUAGUGGCCAUUCUCCAGAUGCGGUAACCUACAAUAUUUUGAUAGAUGGCUUCUGUAAGCAUCAGUGUCUAGAUGUGGCGUUGUCCCUAUUUCAUGAAAUGCAGAAAAACUCAUUGAAGCCUGAUAUUAUUGUCUAUAAUAUCCAUGAAAUGCAGAAAAACUCAUUGAAGCCUGAUAUUAUUGUCUAUAAUAUCCUAAUUGAUGGUAUGUUCAAAGCUGGAAAAGUUAAAGAUGCGAAGGAACUGGUUUCUAGACUUUCCAUAGAAGGGUUGCGGCCUGAUGUUUACACAUACAAUACAAUGAUCAAUGGACUUUGUAAAGAAGGAUUACUAGAUGAAGCAUUCAAGCUGUUCAGAAGAAUGGAAGGGGAUGGUUGCUUACCAGAUAGUUGCUCUUAUAACGUGAUUAUCCAAGGAUAUCUCCGGCACAACGAUUCAUCCAUAGCAACACAAUUUAUUGAUGAAAUGGUUGGCAAGGGUUUUUCUGCAGAUGCCACCACCACAGAGUUGGUAAUAAAUUUAGUUAUGAACAAGCCUGAUGACCCGCUUGUACAAAAGCUGCUAAUUACUCUCAAAUGUUCCUCAGAUGUUAACUCUGAAGUGAAGAUUUCAGAAGUAGAACAAUUUGUUGUAUACUGUCGCAAGAGUUCUGUUAAUGCUAAUGCUAAAUCAAGCAACUUUGAGACUCUGUGA